AACAAAACAACGUACAACGGUGACCUACCCGCGACGGCCGCUCCCUGAGCCUGCAGCUUCGCAGCUUCGAGCAAUCUGGCAGCAAAGAUGGGGUGAGAAGCCCAACAUCGUCACAAGUGAGGAUAAGCUUCGGUAAAGUCCUGUUCUGCGAUGUUCCAUACCAGUUGUUCGGCACUGAUAAGCUUCCAGCGUUGAAUUCUGGGGAAAUGGAGACUCUAAACCCCGUUGUUAUAGUUGUCGGAAAGGCUUGUGUCAAAUGUUGCCUGAUGAAUUGGCCCCUGAUGGCACUGAAGAGAGAGAGCUCCUCCCUUGCGGUUGCUUAUACGACGCGGCAAUGCUUGAGAUGUGGUGUGUAAAGAAGGGCAUGUUUGUUGAUGCCGAGCUAAAACGGGAGAAGCUCGAUCCUAAUGUCGAUUGGGUUGAACACCUCGGGCCCAAGACGUUUGGUAAGCACAAGCUGCUGCUGCUUCGCUUUUGGGAAAUGAUGUUUGGACCGUUCAAUUGUCAAACUCUCUUUAACCUCCACGGGGCUCGGGUUAAUGCUGUGUGGCAGUUCUCUGAGCUGGAGACACAAGCGCUGGCGCAGUUUGGUCCUAACCCAGGCUACGUACAGCUUGAGAAGCCGCCUCGGGCCAGGCCAAAGCGGAAACGAGACGCUGUCCCAGUUAAUCCAGCCCUCUGAUCAGCCAGUGUGCCUUUGCGUUCAAAGGCUCAGCGUGGCCGACAUUUGAUUGAGAUUAUGUUUGUACUUCAGUCAUCAUUCAGCGUUCCUGUCUUUCUUCCAAUGAUACCCACAGUUAAUGCAGCCAACACAAAUUGC